AUUGGAGCCACCGACAGACAGCAUGCAGCAUCGCGCGGCGGCGUCCAUUCGGAAGUCCUUUCUCCGCUACUUUGAGCAACAUGGACACACGUUGGUCCCGAGCAGCUCGUUGGUUCCAUCCUCCGACCCGACGCUUCUGUUUACAAAUGCGGGCAUGGUCCAGUUCAAACAAGUGUUUCUCGGCCACGAGACCCGCGACUACACCCGUGCAACGUCCUCGCAACGAUGUGUCCGUGCCGGUGGCAAGCACAACGACCUCGACCAAGUAGGGUUCACCGCUCGGCACCACACGUCGUUCGACAUGCUGGGCAACUUUUCCUUUGGCGACUACUUCAAGGAGGAAGCGAUCUUCCACGCAUGGAACGUGCUGACCAAAGAAUUCGACCUUCCCAUCGAUCGACUGCACGUGACCGUGCUGGACAACGACGUCGAAGCCAUUGAAUGGUGGCGGAAGAUUGCCCAGUUGCCCGACGACAAGAUCCACCGCCUCGGCUCCGACGACAAUUUCUGGGCCAUGGGGGACACUGGGCCUUGCGGGCCCUGCUCCGAGAUCUUUUUCGACCAGGGCGAGGCGUUCUCCAACUACGACGACCGGUACUUGGAGCUGUGGAACCUCGUGUUUAUGCAGCAAAAUCGGCUGGGCGAUGGCUCGUUGCUGCCGCUUCCGACGCCGUGCGUUGACACUGGUAUGGGGCUCGAGCGCAUGGCGUCGGUGAUGCAAGGCGUCAUCUCCAACUACCACUCGGAUGUGUUUACCCCGCAUUUGCAUGCCGUGGCCGCGGCAUUGGACUUGCAAAAUGGACGCGCCUCCUCCAGGUUUCAAGACGCGGUGGCCGAUGAAUUGCGGUUGAAUCGAUUUGGAACUGACGUGGACAUUCAAAUCGUGCGUGUGUUGGCCGACCACUUGCGCACGGCGUACGCGCUCAUGGAGGAUGGCGUGUUUCCGUCCAACGUUGGACGCGGGUACGUGCUGCGGCGCAUCCUUCGCCGCGCCAUGCGAUUCGCCCAGCAGGCGGGGGUGCCCCAGCCAUUCUUGUCUCGGAUUCCGAUGUUUGGUGAAGGGGAGAGAAAAGGUGUUGUCCAGCUCCAAGCGGUCGUGGACAACGAAGAGAGAGCAUUUUAUGCCAUGCUAGCUCAAGGCACCAAGGCCGUCGACAAACUGCUCCACCACCCCCACACGAAAAGUUAUCUCACUGGCCACGACGCGUUCUUCCUGUAUGAAACCUACGGGCUUUCCAUCGAUAUGACGGAAUCCAUCGCCGCGUCGUUUCAGGCGACGGUCGACACGGCAGGAUUUGACGCUGUCCGCCAACGUCACCAAGAAGCCAUCGCCGCCGCCAGCUCCCCACUCGGUCUAUCGACUUCCAACGACGACGACGACGACCAGACCCACCACCAUGUGCUCGUUCCGACCCCGUUUGUCGGCUACGACACGACAGUCGUACACAACGCGACCGUCUUGCAAGCGUCUCGAGUGAAGCAUCAAUCCAAGGCAUCGAGUAAACAUCCAGCCGUCGUGGCGCUGGCGCUAUCGCCGUGCCCGUUCUACGCCGAAGGGGGUGGCCAAGUGGGGGACCGGGGGUGGGUAUCUGUGACGGGGUUCGAUGCCCCAUGGCCAGUAGUCAACACGGUUCGGGCAGGGCCAGAAACGAUCCAUGCGCAUGUCCAAGCCCCGACCACAGUCGACGAUGCGAUUGCCCAUCUGACGGCCCAGCCCACGGUCACCGCAACGGUCGAUGCGCAGGUCCGGCUGCGGGUAGCCGCGCACCACUCGGCGACCCAUGUGCUCCAAGCCGCACUUCGAGAAACGCUAGGCGCCCACGUGACCCAGUGCGGGUCGUACGUCGGACCCGAUCGCCUUCGCUUUGACUUUGCGCACUUUGGCGCGGUUACAGACGAAGAGUUGCGCGCAGUGGAAGUCCGCGUCAACCAAGUCGCGUUGGACAACGUCAGUGUGCACGCGGACGAAAUGGACAAGGCCACGGCACAGGCCAGUGGCGCCAUCGCCACGUUUGGUGAAAAAUAUGGGGACCUCGUCCGGGUGGUCCAGGUGGGGUCCGUGUCGAGUGAAUUCUGUGGGGGGACCCACGUGUCGUCGACGUCGGCCCUGGUGCCGUUUGUGAUUCUCAGUGAAGCGUCGGUAGCUGCGGGCACUCGUCGUAUUGAAGCCGUGGCAGGCCUGGAAGGUAUCAAGCGAUUGCAAGAAAAGAACCAACUGCUCGAAGACAUUGCAGGGCAGCUCAACACGGUGCCUGCCAUGGUGACCCAAAAGCUGGCGCGCCUCGACGCCCAGCAAAAAGCGUUGGAGGGUUUCAACCAAUCGCUGACCGACCGCUUUGUGUACGGCCCCGUGCCUCGUCCGUCCAAGACCGUCGAGGGAACUUGGGCUUUGAGUGGCACUGUCGUCACUUUGCACUUGCACGAGAUUGCCGAUCUGUCCCUACCACCGACAGCCGACAAGCCAUUGGUCAACUUGUACAUGACAGCGCUGCGUCGACGAGCUGAACAUGUGGCCAAACUCGACUCGGCGGCAGUGCAUCUGGUUGUGAUGGGCGACAGUGUCAUUUGUAUGGGCAAUGGCCACGUGAAUGCUGGAGAGGCGCUAAAGCAACUCAUGCAAGGGGUGGGCCACGGGGGGGGGAGUAAGAGUUGCGGGCAAGGCAAGUUGCGUCCAACGGCGACUGUGGCUGAUGUGGUUACAGCGGUGACUCAGUGUUUGCAUUAAGAGCCACUACUACUACUGUACUACCAGGAGAUGUGAUAGAAUAGAGAGUAGAUAGUAGAUAGAUCUUGUUGUUGCCGGGUAAAGUCUUCAUGCAGGACGAUCAUGAUCUC